AUGCGGUUGGCUCAUCUCUUCGUCGUGUCCGCUGCUUAUCUGCAUAGGGUGCUAGCUGCCACCCAGCUGCCACUUGCAGACGAGACACUCAUGAUUAAUGGAGUCACUUUUGAAACCCGAGCUCGAUGGAUGCGCCUGGCCAACCAGGCAUUAGGCGAGUUGAGCGGCUCGCCGUGUCCCUUUGCGGCCUUUGGAACCGUGAUAGUGAACCAUACGGCCUCCGAUGAGGGGCAGCUUAUCUGCAUGGGAGUCAAUGAGAAUGGCAAAACAGGGAAUCCUUCAUCUCAUGGAGAGAUUGCCGCAAUUACGAACUGCACCAAAAUUCUGACCGAUCCUACUGGAAAGUUCCGCCUCAAUGCAACCGAAGCGGCAGCGGCAUUUACGGGUCUAUCCUUAUAUACAAAUGCCGAAAGCUGUCCAAUGUGUGCAUCUGCGAUCCGAUGGGCGGGAUUCCGCGAGUAUAUCUAUGGAACCUCGAUUGCAAGGCUUAUUGAGAAAGGCUGGGGCCAGAUUCGCAUUCCAUCAGUUGAUGUUUUUGAGGCCUCUUUUGAUCUUCCGUAUCCAUCUCGACUGAUGGCCAAUGUUCUUACUAAUGAGACAGAUCCCUAUUUCUUGUGGCAGUAUGAUCCGUCAUAUCCUUGCCCUCAGGGAUGUUCUCGAACUCAGAGCGGAAAGAGCUGUAAGGCUGCUUCGAGUUGA